AUGAAUGAAGAUCAAAUUAAUUUAGAAUAACAGAUCUUUGGUCCUUAAAUUACCCAAAUUCCUGAUUUAACUCAAUAUUAGAAACAACAUUUGGAGUCAUAAGAAUCAAUGCGAUCAAUUGAAAGUCCUCAUAUUUAAACUAAUCGUUUUUUUGUAAGUAAGUAGAGGUUAUAGAAACUAACAAGAAUAAUCAAUACACCCUCGAAUAAUUAGAUAAAGUCAGAGUAAAAGAUACCUCAUAAAUUAGAUGAAAAUGAGGCUUUUACAAGACUUGUAAGAAAAAAUCGAUUAAUAUAAAAAUUCAAAUAAAAUUUGUUUUUGAAUUCAUAUAUACUUUCUAAUGCUUUGAAGACAAAAAUCUUAUCGUAAGAAAAAUAUAUUUAACCUCAAAUAUUUAGAUUCUUGUAGAAAUAUGGCUCAUCUAAAUUAAAGCCAGCAAUUCUACUGCCCCAAAGCCCUUUCUUGUAUUUGUGGGAUUUAAUAACCUUAUUGGCAAGUAUCCUGGCUCUAUGGAUUUGUCCAUUUUUAUUAAGUUUUUCAUUCGAUGAAUACUCAUUUCCAAAAAUAAUAAUAGGACUCAUUGCUCAUUUGAUAAUCGAUAACAUCCUAGCCGUAAAUCGAGCAUACAUUGAGUAAGGAGAAGUGAUAGUGGAUCGAAAGUAAAUUAUUUUGUAAUACAUGAACAACUAAGCAGUUUUAGAGAUUGUGUCGUUGAUGUUAUGGAUUGGUAUUUAUCCAAACAUCCUCAAGGAGUUCAAUUCAUCCAAAUAAAUAUUGCUGAUCCUGCAAAACAUCAUAGUACUUAUAAAAUUAAAGAGAACCAAUACUAAAAUGGAGAACAUCUAUCUAAAACAUACAUUAAGUAAUGCAGCCGAUUUAUUAACUCUAAUUUUAUCGAUCUAUUUCUUUGCCCAUUUUAUGGCCUGUCUCUUUCAUUACGUAGGAGUUAUUACUGAGGAAAAUGCACACACUUGGCUAAUUUAAAGAUAGAUAAGACACGAGUAGGUGUGGAUCAGAUACAAUACAUCAUUUUAUUGGGCAACUAUGACGAUUACAACUGUUGGGUAUGGAGAUAUUACUCCUGAAAAUUAAGGGGAGAUGCUGUUUGUUAAUUUAAUGAUGUUACUUUCUAGUUUUUUAUUUGCUUACUCUAUGAAUUCAAUAGGGAUUAUACUAAGAAAUCUAUAUGAGCAAAAUAAGAAUUAAAAACGGUCAAUUUUGCAAUUGGAUAAUUACAUGAAUCAUAAUUAGGUAGAUCUUUCCUUACAGAUUAGAAUUAGAAAUUAUUUGAAACAUAAAAUGACUAAUAUGAAUUACGAAAAGAUUGAAUUUAUAAAUAAAACGAUUUCUGAAUUACCAAAAGGCCUAAGAUUUGAAUUGAACUAAAAUAUAUCUGAAAAAAUACUGAAAUCUAUUAAAUUAUUUUCAGAUCAAUUUAGUAAAAUAACUCAACAAGCAUUGACAUAGAAAAUGAAUCGAUUACUAUUUCAGCCUGAGGAAUAUGUAUAUCAUUAAUAUGAAAUUGAUGAUUAAUCCUUAUAUUUCGUAAAGGAAGGAAUUAUUGAUAUUUGUGAAGAAUAAAGCCAAUAAGUUAUAUAAACAUUGACAAAAGGACAGACUUUUGGAGAAUACUAAUUCUUUACAGGAUUUCCAACUAAAACUUGUGCUUUCAGUAGAACAUAAAGUGAAGUUGUUUAAAUUCAUAGAUCUAACUUUCUAAAAUUAAUAAAAGAUGAUAAAAAAGACCUGGAAAGAUUUAAUCAUAUCAAGGAUAAGAUUCUAUUAUAUUCAAAUUAUAACUCUAUAUUACUCAAUUGUAAUCAAUGUAAUAGGAGCACACAUCUCAAUAUCAAUUGUCCAUUACUAACCUAUCAACCUGAUCUUGAGGGUAUGAUAAAGAAAAAUUCUAUCAAGAAGGACCCUUAAAAGAGAAUGGGAUAUAUUCGAAAAGGUGAUAAAAUAAAUACAAGAAGAAUGUUAACUACAAUUCAGGAUUCUCUUAAUAAGUUUUAAUCAGAAUGCUAAAUCAACUCAGAGGAUGAAUAAUCUAGAUAUAUGUCUCCUGAUUAUAACAGUCGUAUCAAUUAUAGAAAAAAGUCAAUUAAGAAACCUCAUUAAAUGAUAUCAAUAUCAAAUACAGUUAUAUCUGAAAAAGAUAUGCUCCCAUCAGAUAAACUCAUUUAAAUUUUGCCAUCUAGAGAGAAUUUUGAAAAAAGGAAAACUACACCUUCCAAGUUUCUGAUAUAAGGCGAAGAGUCUAUAUAUAAGGAAUAAAACAAGGAUAUGCUUUAAGAUUUUGAAACCAAGCUACAAUUCCAUCAUAUCAAUAUAGAUUAGAUCAAAAUUUAUUAAGAUUAUAUGCCGCAUAAUAAUUUUCAUAAUGUACUCAAAGGUCUUGAAUUAAUAAGUAGUACCAAAUAUUAUAAAAAUAAAUACAAAGAAACUGGAAAAUAUACUUUUAAUCAUUUAGUUAAACAAAAAUCUUUACAUCUCAGGAAAUGGUAUGAACAUAAAUUAAAAUGA